UAUUGAAAAUAUCUCCAAAAUAGUUCAUUUUCUGGAUGACGUUGUUCUGAUAAACUUUGAAUGUCAUCGAGGCGGCCAUGAUCAAAAUCAUCUCAACCAAAAAUGUACGGAAAUUAGACCUUUGGAGUCAGUUUUAGCAUAUUCUGUCUCAGUUUUUGAGAUGCUGUUUGAGGCGUUUGCUCAGCCGCAUGGUCAUAAAACUGUAAUACGGUGCUUUUGUUAGCGCCAGAUCCACUCUCCUCCUGGGAGCCACGGCAGCCUCCGCAAAUUGAAACUUGAUUCAGUAAUCUAUCAUCAUGAAAGACAGACUGAGCAAUGUGUCUUGUGAAUUAGGCCUUUAACAUUUUACUGCAGUUAGCCCUGUCUGAUUUGUCUGGACCCAACAAGGCUCCAAACACGGAGGGAGUGUAGGAAGCGGCACUAAGAAUGUUACCAUGGUAACCCCUCACUAUCCUGCUCUCUCUUAGUGUCGUCAUGGAAUUAAUAGGAGAUGGUGAUGCUGAUAGUUGCUAGGCACCAUCUGUAUCAGUAAUCUACCUUUAAUAGCAGUUUCUAAAAGACUGAUAAAGCACAGUAAAACAGCAUUUUCUGUAUUUUUUAUUUAAAGUGCUAUUUAUAUGUAUUCUGUUGCAGAAUUUAUUUCAGCUGAAACAGAACUACCACAAAUACAAAUAUAUACCUGUACACUAUAUAGGCCAUCUAUUCUAGAAGUGACCUAUCUGCUCUAGUCUUUUUUCAUUUAAAUUUUUAUGCCUUUAUUUCACUGUUUUCAAGUGCCCACAAAGAUGUUUCUAUGCUCUAAUCAUCUUAGGUUAACAUGUAGUGGAUUCAGCUAAUAUGAGCAGUCCAACUAUGUAAUGAUUGAUUACAGUAAAUUUAAUUACUCAGUAGUUGUCAUUCCUACAAAUUAACAAAGUGAAAUGAUUGAUAAACAAGUCAUCUUAGUGAAAUUAGGCGUGAGGAUAAGUUAACAUAUUGUCUGAAUGGUUAGUAAACCAGCAGGAGAGUGUUAAUGUCAGAGAUAUAACUCAGAUAAAUGGAUGUUUUCUGUUUCUCUCCCUCUCCGUCUUGUCUCUGAGGCUGGCAGAGGAGUGUGGGCGGCCAUACCAGCUGGGAUCAGAGGGAUGGAGAGGGCUGUUAGCUCGCUCUGCCUCUAAUAAAUUUAUAACACCUCGUAGUGUAAAACAGUCCAAGAUGCUUACACUCUUUUAUUUUUCACCCUAUUAGUAGAAUUUGAAAGUCAGCAAUUAUUGUUUCAUGACCAUCUGGCUUUUACAUAGUAUUUCUAUGUUAGUCAUUUGUUUUUAUUUGUGGAGUUUAUUGUUGCAACACUGCAAACUUGUGAAUUUUUUUUUUAUGCUCAGUGCAUGUGGUAGUCACUUUGUGUUCAUAUUUAAUACCCAGACUAAAUACUUCCAUUAUUUUCUCUUGUGUCAGUAUUGUCAAACUUUACAUUAUUGCAUUAGCAUCUGUCAGUUACUUUUCUUAAGUCUUCAGACUGUGCUCAGUGUAUGUUGAGAAAUAAGGUCUGUUAAAGGUCUAUAACAGUAAAAAAUGUGAACACAGUAGGUCAUCAACCUUAAUGAGACUGAAAAGAUGGAACACACGCUGUCAUGUUUGUAGGAGGUCUCUCGUUCCCUCCCUCCCUCUUUCUCUCUUCCUCUCUCUGACUGUAUGUCUCUCUCUCACUCUGUGCGUGAGCGGGUGUUACUGAACAUACAGUGAUUGUUAGUAAGAGCCAGUGAGGCAUCUGUAUUAUACCAGAGACUCAUUUAAAGAGAGCUUCCUUGGUCCAACUAGAAAUCGAGGCAUACUAGGCAUACAAGUCAUACUAGGUCAGCUCACCUGAAGACUGAAGUCAUCUCUGAGAGUAAGACAUGGACUGUCACAAUGAGGAGUGUAGCCGGCCCCAGGAGGAGGAGGACAUCAUGGACAUCCCCCUGGAUGACCCCGAGGCCAACAGGGCUGCUGCCAAGAUCCAGGCUGGCUUCCGUGGUCACAUGACCCGUAAGAAGAUGAAGCCGGAGGACAAAGCAGAGGGGGAGGAGGUGAGCAGCACUGGGGAUGUGCUCAACGGCAGCCAGGGGGACACAGAGACAGGAGGAUCGGGGGCAGUAGAGAGAGACGACACAUCUGUGCCAGAGCAGUGACGCCCCUGUCCUGACCUGGAUGAAGAGAAAAGAGGGGAAACAAGGUAGCAAGAGAGAUGGCUGGCAUAAGCUGGCUAGGCUGGCUUUUAGGCACACCUUUUUACCCCAGGAGUCAUUUUCCUUUCAACACAAAUUAGCAGUAGAAAAUGAACAGACAGUUUUGAGGGUGUGUUAUGUGUAUUUUGUAAACUUUAACACUUCUAACUCUGCAUGUCCAGCAGUCUCAUCAGUACGGAUGUCUUUGACCCAGAAUUUGCAACUCACUGCAUGUACUUGUGAAACUUCUGGUAGUGUGCUAGUUUUUAGAUGAUGAUCUGUGAAUGUGAAAAUGAAUGUCCUCUAAAUGCUAAACAGGGCCUAUUUCGGAUGGAUCAGUUCAUACCAUCUGUGUGUAAAACCUUGUAUGCAUCAGCUUUACACUUUGCGUAAUUAGUGGCUUUAAUGUUAUUUUGCAUUGUUUUUUGAUGUGCUUGUAUCAUGACUAUUAUUUACCUAUUUGACUUGCUUACAAAAAUGAUUAAACGUCAAAAACAUCAAAAGAGAAGUAGCUAUGUAUGUUCUAUUCAUUCUAAGUUAUCUUAUUCAGAUUGCAAAUACAUGAUUAUCUUUUUGAUCACAUGACAAAUAAGUUCUCUUUUCACCUUAUCGAGCAUUUUCUAUAAAUCUGAUCUUCCAGAACAGUGAGCAUGCAGUAAUUACACUUUUUUUUUUUUCCAGAUGCAUCUGGUACAGCUUUAUCUUAUGAGACAUAGAUUCAAUAUGCUCUGUUGUUGUGUUGGUGGGUUUGACUUUUGUUAAAUCAGGUGUAUGAAAUUCCAUUGUAAGAUUUUGCAGAGCCUUCAUGCUUGAAAAGUACCCUGCUGAACUUUGCUGUAGAGUCAUGGCAUUACACUAAUAAAUCCACCUUAAAUAUA